AUGAGCAUUGAAAUUAGUUUGAAAGAAUUAUGUUUUGCAUAUAGUCAUGUUUUAAGUUUUUGGCAAAGAUUCAGAAUUAGGUUUAGAAGGUAGAAUUAUACAAACAAUUAGAAGAUAUGGUGACUAAAAUAUUCGCGAUCCUUUUGUGUUUCCUCGGUCGAGCAACCGCCCUAUAUUGCUACUCUUGUGAAGGCGAAGAUGAAAACUGGAGAUGUAACGAAAAAGAACCAGUUCGUUGUCAAGAUAACGAGGUAUGCGUAACUGUGCAUGUUGAUGGUCUCUAUAAAAGAUGCAUGUAUACAUGUCCCAUAUCUAGAGGGGACGGAGAUGGCGCACCAUGUCAAGAAUGUACGGAAGACUUAUGUAAUUCGUAUGAUUUUGGUGACAAAGGACAUCUGGCUUCUCAGCAAUCAAAAACUCAUGCGGCAAGAGCUCCCAAUGGCAGCAAGUAUGUUUUGUAUACUCGGUUGUCUACAUAUUGGGAAGCUCGUUUUAAGUGCAUAUCGGACGGCGGAACUUUAGCAACUUCCCACUCAGAAACAAUUCAAAGAUUUAUAAGAAGAAACUUUGUUUCCAAUGCCAAAGUUGCAUCACUUUUUGAAAUGGCUCCCCAAGAAAAAGGCACCAACGAAAGUUCGGCUAUCAAUGGAUUUUGGAUAGGACUGAAAAGAUAUUUGAUAUCACCUAAAGAUGGUGAAGUAUUAUGGAUUAGAGGAGAUAACGGCAUGCCAGUCGGAAAAGUCGAUGAGAACUGCGAACAUGAACACCAAGCACAGCACUACCAGCACUGGAGAACAGGACACCCACUAGUGGAAACAAAAAACGACGAACUCUGCGCAUUUGUAUCACGAGCAAAGAAUGGUCGAUGGGAAAGUUUAAGCUGUGGUCGUAAAUUACCGGCGUAUCUUUGCCAUUAUCCUAAUGAUGUCGUGCACAACUCCGUGGUGUAUAACAGUAGUAUUUACACCCACGUUACAGAUGGAAGAAAAUUUCCGCAUGUGCCAAAUCAUUGUGCAACAUUUGGGAGAAAAGUUCCCCUAAACAGCAACCUUGCGGAGAAAUUUUUUAUAAAUAGCAAUUGUAUUGAAAAACGGCCAGAGGUCACGCACAAGAGACAAGAAUCAGAACCGUCCGCACCGUGUGAUGAGGUAGAAACAACUCUAAUAUGUGAGCGACCAUUAUACGCCGGUUGCCUGGAAAAGAAUUCAGAUGGUAAAAAUAAAACCUCAAAUGAAACAGCUAUACAUCGACCAGAAGACGAUUUCUACAAUACGAGUAUGCCCACAUUUUCUGUACCAAAACGACCCCAAAAAACAAUAAAAUUUUGUGACAAAUACGUUCUUUUAAAUGAGUCUGAACUUACGUUUCCAAGAACAAAAGUUAGAAGAUUUGGAUAUUCUGUGGAGAAAUGCCCUAAUGGAAUUCCAAAAGGAUUAAUGUUCUGUAGCGGUAAACCGGUUGUUGAGUUCACAGAUUUGGUUCGGAUGGAAUGCGACAGAAGUCUAUCAGAUUCUUUAAGCGAAAUAUUUGUUGAUGCAAAACAAAAAAAUAUAACAAUGAAGCAGGCGACAAGAAAAUUACACGCGAUAUUUUUACUUCUGAGUAAUUUCACGACAAAUAAUAUAACACGUAUCAUAGAAAUAUUAUCCGAAAUGUCGGAAAAUAAUUCAGAGAUACCCCCUGAAGUAUUUUCUGACAUCAUUGCAGCCACUGCAAAGAUCAGGAGAUAUUUAUCACGACACGGACGUAAUAAAACACACAAAGCACGACCGGGAUUCAGAACUCGACUAGAAAAAGCCUUGGAGAAAUUUGCACAACAUGUCGAGAUGGAUUCGAAUAAUACACGACACAAAUUUGAAGCGGAUGGAAUUGAAGUUGAGGUUGUAAAACUUGAGCAUGAAGACGACCUUGCGUUGGAGCAUUCAAGUAAUGAUCGAAGAUCAAAUAUAAAAGUGUUAGCUGAUCCUCCGUUGCCGGGAAAGUCACCAGCAUACGGAAACCAAAAGCAAUUUCGCGCUGUUUUUAUGUCUUAUGAUGAUGAUGAGUUGUUUCCAACCGAUGAAAAAGUCGAAGUGAAUUCAGUUAUAUCAGCAACAGUUACAGACGGCACACAAACAUACAGCGUUCCAGUCGAAUUUUCGAUGCAAAUAGCGGACAAUAAGAAUGUUUCUUCAGGAACGUGUCUCAAAACGGAAUGUAGAUAUUAUGAUCACCCAGAGCAGUUAUGGAAAACAGACGGGUGUCGCGUUGAACCUCCGGUUAUUGGUCAGAGAACCGAUGUUGUCAGAUGCAAAUGUGAUCAUACAACAAGUUUUGCAGUUGUUGUGAGUGAACACGUGCUACCUAAUUAUGCUCUGGAUGUUGUGAGCACUAUCGGAAUGAUUAUCUGUAUUGUAUGCCUUGCCUUAACCAUAUGGAUAUUUUUGUUUGUAUCAGAACUUCGUCGCGUGCGAUCUGCAUUCACUCAUAUUAACUUAUGUGCCUGCCUUUCCAUUGCUUACUUCAUAUUCUUGAUUGGGAUAGAAGCGACAAGUAACAGACAAGUUUGUGUUGCUGUAUCCGCCCUUAUACAUUUCUUCUUACUAGCAGCUUGGGGAUGGAUGGCGGUAGAGAGCAUAACAAUGUACAGGAUGUUUGUUCAAACGUUUGAUAGAAGGCACGCGAAAGACGAAGGGGUUAAAUCUGCAAUUGUUGUCUAUGCAGUCGCAGCAGCAAUUGUUCUCACUACUAUAAGUUUUUCGAUUUUAUCGCAGUAUAUGCAAUGGGAUAAAGGAGCAGGUUGCGAAACUGAUGUAUGGUCAACCUACGUUGCCGAAAGUUAUUGUUGGUUGCAAGGAAAUUCACUCUAUUUCGGAUUUCUUCUGAUUGUUGGAAUAUUUUUAACAGUCAACAUUGUAUUAUCUGUUGUCAUUAUUAAAGCAAUUACAUGGGGUCGGAAAUCAGUACAGUGUUCGAUUGAAGAGAAGCCCAUUAUCCAUGUUCUACGUGCUAUACUUGUAGCCUUGCUUCUCGGUGUGGCUUGGAUAUUUGCUAUACCACUGGUCGUAUCAAGUAAUGCCCUAGUGCAGGAAGUGUUUGGAUGGCUUUUUGCUAUAACGACUUCGGCACAGGGAGUAUUUGUAUUCUACUUCUUCUGUUUAAGACGAAAGGAUGUGAGGCGAGCCUGGACGACUGCCAUAACACAAAGAUGUAAUUUCCAAAAGAACAAAAAUGAAGAUGUCAUCAGUUCCACAAUUGCACAACCUUUUGCUCCACAAAGUGCUACCACGCGAUUUGGAAGAACAUUAACACCCUCGACUGCUUCAGAAACAACAAGAAAAACAACGGUAUCGAUUGGGUCUACUUUUACAUCACCUGGAAAAAAUGCAAAACCAAACGCUAAAAAUUCAAAUGACACAAAUGAAGAAAUAGGACAGACAAAUCUCGGUCACAGCCUAGAUUUGGUUGAAUUUACAGGAGAAGAAGUUUUUGAAACAUGAAUAUGUAUGUAUAUGAGUCCAAUGCAGGCCCAGAUCUCAAAAUAACAUCUGCAAAUAAGAACUGUAAAUUCAAUUUUUGAACGUAAGACUAUCUGCGCUCUAUAGGUAAUCCUUGUGAAUGAUUUUGAAAAAAAUUCGAACCCGGUAUCUUUUUUUAAAGCCAUUAAUCCGAAAACGAGGCUGAUUCGAAAUAUUCGGCCCGACUAGGUACUCCAACUGCGCCGUUAUAGAUUUACAUUAUCAUGUACACUCAAUUUCUAUAUUUAUCGCACAAUUUGCUCAAUCAGAUAUCUGUAAUUUUAUUACUUUUAAUUCCAUAUACGUAAUACUCAGUUCCAUUUACAAAUACAUACUCAUUUAUGCACUGCUAAAUAUAACCCAACAUAGUAUUUGAAGCCAUAUAGUCUGGCAUGUGUUUUUAAUGAAAAUCUCAAAUUAAAAUUAUGGCAAAGCAUU